AGCUUGAUGUUGUGAUUAUCUCUGUAACUGUAUCACGGUUUAUGACAGCUGGAGCUGAAGAAUGGCGAAGUAUCUGGCUCAGAUCGUGGUGAUGGGAGUGCAGGUGGUCGGCAGGGCUUUCGCACGCGCUUUACGCCAGGAGUUUGCAGGCAUUCAGGCUGCGGCAGAGGCAAGAGGACAGGCAGGUAAACAGUCGGCUGCGGUUUCCAGCUUCACUGGGAUGAGUUUGCAGGAAGCACAGCAGAUUCUGAAUGUAUCAACACUGAACCCAGAGGAAAUCCAGAAGAAUUAUGAACAUUUGUUCAAAGCAAAUGACAAAGCAGUUGGAGGUUCUUUCUACCUGCAGUCUAAGGUGGUGAGAGCUAAGGAGCGUCUUGAUGAAGAGAUUACAAUUCAGAAGCAAGACAAACCACCAGAGCAGACACAGCCACAUACAUGAGUCAUGUUCAUCUCCUUCCCUCUGGCCCUCUAUUGUAAAUAAUGUCCUAAAUAAAGCUGCAUCCUUUUCUUUA